AGUAAGUAUUUGAUAUUGAUUUGUAGCAUAGGAUAGGAAACCAUGUAGAGGUAAAAAUCAUUUUAAGCACACGCAGACUCAUAAUUCAGUAAAAACAGCCAUAUUGAUAUGUUGAUUGUACAGAAAUAACAAUUGAAAUGCACCCAGCCAGGGGACAUUUUUAUUAGGUUGAGUCAAGCUUCAACUUAUAUUGAUAUGCUGAGGGCAUUGUGCUGAGCCCUGUUCCAAACACUGCAGUCACAAUCUGGCAACAGAAACUCAACAUUCAUAGAAAAUAUGCAUUCUGUUGACCUGGAAAAUGGUGGCUCAACAGAAGUUGUGGGUUCUUCAAGCCCUCAAGCAAGCUCCCGUGACAAGGCAGUGGCAGACAUUGGUGAAGCUGAUGAUGUUCACAUGAAAGAAAUUAAAACAGAAAAGAAAACUCCCCCAUCAACAGGUGUCAGACGAGGUCGGCGUCGCCGGGGCGCUGCCAGUGGUGGCCAGAUCACUCUGACCAGCUUCAUGGCAAAGAGCAGGAGAAGUCAAGAAUCCCAGCAGGCAAAUGGAAGCAAGAAGGAAUCAGGAGACAUCAAAGAAAAUGAAGAAGAAGAAGAUCAAAUUCUAAAGAAAGUGAAAACAGGAAUAAAUGACAAUGAAAAAGAAAAAAACAGUGAUUCAAAUGGUGCCACGCAGCAGGCUCGACCAGUGCAGGCCCUUCCGGCCCGCUGUGGAACGUGCCGUCAGCUGCUGGAGUCACCAGACACCCGCACCUGCCAGGGCCACCCGGAUGGCGCGAUGGACGAGUACGUGGCUCUCUGCGACCCGCGUCUGGCUCUGUUCACUGGCGAGGAGGAGUUUGUUCAGGAGUGCGACGAGCGACCACAGCACAAGCUCACCCAGUUUUCUAUUUACGACCAGCACGGCCACCUGUGUCCGUUCGACUCAGGACUCAUCGAGAGGAACGUCGAACUGCUCUUCUCCGGCUAUAUGAAGCCAAUCUUUGAGGAGGACCCUUCGGCGGAGAACGGCGUUCCGUGCAUGAACGUCGGGCCCAUCAACGAGUGGUGGACAACGGGCUUCGACGGCGGCGAGCUGGCCCUGGUCGGCUUCACCACAGCUUGCGCCGAGUAUUACCUGAUGGAGCCGAGCCCCGAGUACGCGCCCAUCAUGGACUCCGUCCGGGAGAAGAUCUACAUGUCCAAACUGGUGAUCGAGUUCGUCAGCGACAACAUGUUCGCCACCUACGAGGACCUCCUCAACAAACUGCAGACGACGGUGCCCCCCUCCGGUCUGGGGACGGACUCUUUCACCGAGGACUGUCUGCUACGACACGCCCAGUUUGUGGUCGAUCAGGUGCAGAGUUUCGACCUGGCAGGCGGCGACGAGGAGAAUCAGCUACUGACCACUGUCUGUGUGCGAGCGCUCAUCAAACUGGCAGGAGUGACGCUCGGAAAACGCCGCGCCAUCCGGAAGGUUACCCGCGUGAAGAAGCCCACAGCCGCUCCAAUGACCAAGGCCACCACCACGCCGCUCGUCUCCGAUCUGUUCGAGAACUUUUUCAAGGGACAGAUUCAGAACGACGAUAAGAUGAAGCAGGGCCCACGUCGCACGCGCUGCGGCGUCUGUGAGGCCUGCCAGCAGCCCGACUGUGGCGAGUGCCGACAUUGCAAGGACAUGACCAAGUUUGGCGGCAGCGGGCGCAGCAAACAGUGCUGCAUCAACCGCAGAUGUCCAAAUAUGGCGAUUGAAGAGGCGGAGGACUCGGAUGGCGAGGAGGAGGACAAAGAGGACCCGGCGAGGACGGCCGAGGUGCCCGUGCACCGUCCCCACCGGGUGCGCCGCCAGUCGCUGAGCUGCACCUGGGUGGACGCGCCGCGCGGCACGCACGGAGGACGGACGUACUACGGCGCGGUCGAUGUGAACGGGGAGCGUCUGUCAGUGGGUGACUGUGUGGUCGUCGAGUCGGACGUCACCGGCCAGCUGCCGUAUAUCGCGCGCAUCGAGUACCUCUGGGAGACGGCCGGCGGACAGCGCUACUUCCACGCCUCCUGGUUCUGUCGCGGCCAGGACACCCUCCUUGGCGAGACGGCCGAGCCGACCGAGCUAUUUGUCACUGACGAGUGUGAGGACAUGGCGCUCGACUCCAUCACACGACAGGCCCGAGUGUUGGACCGGAGUCAGGCGGCCGGCUGGUUCGCCGCCAGGGAGUCCUCCCACGUCGCUGACAACGAGGCCGACACGUUCUGGUUCCAGAAAAAGUACCACCCGGAGUUCGGCCGGUUCGAGGACGUGCCUCCCGUCCCGGAGAACAGCGAUGGCCGGCUGGCCUUCUGUGUCUGCUGCGAGUCGCUCGCUAUCGAGGAGAAGCGCCGCACACCCACCCCGCUCAACAAACUGGAGGGGGAUACCAGCAAACAUCAGACCCGGUACAGCCAGGUCCGCCUCCAGGAUGAACUGUACACGGUGGGAGAGUGUGUCUUCCUCCAGCCCGAGGCGUUCAAUCUCAAACCGCGCCAGUCCUGGGUCGGCAAGAAAACCAAACAGUUCGACCUCAGUCAGGUGGAUGAAGAGAUGUACCCUGAGUACUACCGGAAACAGACCAGCUACGUGAAGGGCUCGAACGAGGAGACACCGGAACCGUUCCGGAUCGGCCGCAUCACAGAGAUUUUCACCGACCGGGCGGGAGAGGUGUUUAUACGCGUCACCAAGUUUUACCGUCCGGAGGACACCUUCCGGGGCGCAGAGGGAUCGGUCCACAACGAUCUGCACAUGCUCUACUACAGCGGCGAAGAGGUAUCCGUGCCGUUCCGCCUUGUGGCCGGCCGGUGUCACGUGGUGUACGGCGAGAACCUCUCCAACACCCCGGAGGAAUACCGCCGGUCCGGGCCGCACCGCUUCUACUUCACCGAGGCCUACGACACCACAGAGCGCAAGUUUGUCGAGCCCCCGCCAGUGGCCCGACGCAUGGGACUCGUUGGAAAGGGCCGCGGUAAGGGUAAGGGAGCGGCCGCCGACCGCAGCGCCCCACCGCCGACCACCCCGCCCGACCACCCGACUGUGACGCCUCUGCGCACCCUGGACGUGUUCGCUGGCUGUGGAGGUCUGUCCGAGGGACUGCAUCAGGUCGGAGUGGCCAAGAGUCUGUGGGCGAUCGAGGUGAGCCAGCCGGCGGCGAACGCGUACCGCCUCAACAACCCGCAGGCCACCGUGUUCUCAGACGACUGCAACCAGCUGCUGCAGCUCGCCAUCGAUGGAGCGGAGCUGAACGCCAGCGGCCAGCGACUGCCGCGGCCCGGGGAGGUGGACCUGCUCUGCGGCGGUCCGCCCUGCCAGGGGUUCUCCGGCAUGAACCGCUUCAACUCGCGGCAGUACUCGCAGUUCAAGAACUCUCUGAUUGUGAGUUUCCUGAGUUUCUGCGACUUCUACCGGCCCAAGUACUUUAUUCUGGAGAACGUGCGUAACUUCGUCUCGUACAAGGCCAACAUGGUGCUGCGCCUGACUCUGGCCUGUCUGCUGAAGAUGGGCUACCAGUGCGGCUUCGGCGUGCUUCAGGCGGGCAACUACGGCGUGCCGCAGACCCGACGACGGGCCAUCAUCCUGGCCUCAGCACCCGGCUACCGCCUCCCGCUGUACCCGGAGCCCCAGCACGUGUUCUCGCUCCGCGCCUCGUCACUAGCCGUCGUCAUGGAGGACACCAAGUACAUAUCGACGUGUCAGUGGAUCAAGUCGGCCCCGUACCGAACGGUGACCGUGCGGGACGCCAUGUCGGACCUUCCCGAGAUCAGGAACGGCGAGAAACACGAGCAGAUGGCCUACGACCGAGACGCCGCCUCCCACUUCCAGAGAAUGAUGCGCGCCGGUGCCACGGAGACCACUGUGCUGCGUGACCACGUGUGUAAGGAGAUGGCGCCGCUGAUCGAGGCGCGCAUCCGCCACGUGCCGACGGCGCCGGGCAGCGACUGGCGGGACCUGCCCAACCUGGCCGUCCGGCUCAGCGACGGCUCCACGUCCAGAGUUCUACUUUACACGCACCAUGACAAGAAGAACGGCCGCUCGGCGGGCGGCCGGCUGCGCGGGGUGUGCGCGUGCGCCGGCGGCCGGCCGUGCGACCCUGCCGACCGCCAGUACGGCACGCUGCUGCCCUGGUGUCUGCCACACACGGGCAACCGACACAACCACUGGGCCGGCCUGUACGGACGGCUCGAGUGGGACGGGUUCUUCUCGACCACCGUCACCAACCCCGAGCCCAUGGGAAAACAGGGUCGCGUACUGCACCCGGAGCAGCACCGAGUGGUUAGUGUGCGCGAGUGCGCCCGUUCACAGGGCUUCCCCGACUCUUACCGCUUCUUCGGUACCACCCUAGAGAAGCACCGUCAGAUCGGAAACGCCGUGCCGCCUCCGAUGGCCGCCGCUAUCGGCCGGGAGAUUCUCCAGUCGCUGGUAAAGUCUGGGAAGGCGACAGACGAUGAUAGAGCUGUGGCGGAGGGUGGCAGCAGGCCCGGCUCCAGCGCAGCAAACAGGGGAGGUGCGGCUGAGGGGGCCGGAGAUUCCAGGCCCGGUUCCAGCGCAGAGGGAGUGGUGGGGUCGGACGAUGGGUCCAGACCCGGGUCCAGUGCGGAGGGGAUGGUGGGGUCCGACGACGGAUCCAGGCCCGGAUCCAGUGCUGAUGGAAGGGUGGGCGUCGACUGCUGAGUGGAACCGACGUGGUGCUGUGUAUUAGAUGGACUGGGAGAAGUGCUCUUGGUGUCACAUUUGGCCGCUAGCGGAUGGAUUCUCUUCCGAUGUUCAUGUCUGAAAUUUCAUUGGAACUUGCGUGUUUGGGGGAAGAGGGAAUGACGAAUUUUCGAAAUCUUUGAUGUUACUUCGAUGUUUUAAAGUUUUGGUAAUCGAUCGUUUUACUUAUGCCGGAAGCCAACGAAUGCGGGCUGAUGCCAGCUCAAACAGUUAAAUUUUAAUGCAUGUAUUCUGGUUUCAUCUUAGCGCUACCCAUCCUGAAUAAUCCCUGAGCUUCGCAAUUGAUGAACUGUAAAUGAUCAAUGAAAUUUCAACAGCUCCAUGAUUUUUAACAUCUUCAACAGGCUCCGGGCGAAAGUGUUUUUAAAUGUAUUGUGUGAUUUUUACGUGUAUUUUGUCAUGGGUGCAUGUUCAUUGGUCAAUGUGUUUUACAGUCACCAAGUUGGCACUGUAUUUUACUGUUUUUAAUACAUUUUGUAUCGUUUUA